CGGGGAUGCGCUCGCCCCUGCCCCGCGGCCGCCCUGGGAGCCGGGCGGGGGCCGCGGAGCUGCAGCCGGCCGCGGGGGACGCCCGGCGCGGCCCGGAGGAUGUAGCCCGGCGAGGAGCUUGGCCCGGCCGAGACCCAUGGUGCUGUGUUGCCUGAGGGAGGACUCUCCCUAGAAGAGAACAGUCCCCUGGGACCAUGAGACUUGGAUCGCAGUAGGAGCUGGGCGGUGACCCGGCAGGGACAACCCUGCAGAAUGCGGUGGCUACGCGUAGGGCUCUGACACCAUGAAGGGCUACCAUGGGGAGCGUAGCCAGUCACAGCACUCCACGGGGCAUCCUUGCCACUGCAUCCCAGAGGACUGCGAGCAGCCCAUGGACUUCAUCCGCCACGGCCAGGAAGGCAGGCCGUCAUAUCUCCUCAGCCCCAGCGAGCCUUGUUCCUUGGACCAGCAUUACUGCCCCUCUCGGAGCCCCGAGUGCCCGGGCGGGCCGAUGAGCCUGACCGAACCGCUGUCAGCCAGCAGCAGCAGCACCUUCCCUAGGAUGCACCACACGCCGCAGCAGUACGACUCGUGUGAUGAGUGCAUGGCUGCGACCCACCCCUCCAGCAAGAUCAACCGCCUCCCUCCGACCCUGCUGGACCAGUUCGAGAAGCAGCUGCCGCUGCACCACGACGGCUUCCACACCCUGCAGUACCAGCGGGCCAGCACCACGGAGCAGCGGAGCGAGAGCCCCAGCCGCAUCCGCCACCUGGUCCACUCCGUCCAGAAGCUCUUUGCCAAGUCCCACUCGCUGGAGGCCCCGGCCAAGCGGGAGUACAACGGCACCAAGAUGGAGGGCCGAGGGGACGGCUACCACCAUCACCACCAUCACCAGUCCCGCCACGGCAAGCGGAGCAAGAGCAAGGACCGCAAGCUGGACUCUCGCCACCGCACCAAGAUGAUGGGCUGGUGGAGCUCCGACGACAACCUGGACAGCGACAGCAGCUACAUGGUGUCGGGCCGGCACGCCGUGGACCAGAGCACCCAGUACUGUGUGGAUGCGCCCGAAAGUGCCUUCAGAGACUUGACCUUGAAGAGUCUCAAGAGCGGGGGGGAGGGCAAGUGCCUGGCCUGUGCCGGGAUGUCCAUGUCGCUGGACGGCCAGACGCUGAAGAGGAGCGCCUGGCACACCAUGACGGUCAGCCAGGCCCGGGAGGCGUACCCCAGCUCAGGAGGCAGCCAGGAGAAAACCUUGAUGCUGCAGGAGGCCAAGGCCAAAGACAGAGCCUAUCAGUACCUCCAGGUGCCGCAGGAUGAGUGGGGCGGGUACCCGACGCCGGGGAAGGACGGCGAGAUCCCCUGCCGGCGCAUGCGCAGCGGCAGCUACAUUAAGGCCAUGGGGGACGACGACAGCGGUGACUCGGAUGCCAGUGCCAAGGUGUCUCCCAAGGCAGCGUCCCGGCGGGAUAGUUACCGCCGUUCCUCCAGCGCCGACCAGGCCAGGACCAACUGCUGCACGCCGCCCAGAGUGCACCCUCGGGGGCAGGGCUACGGACGCUCCUUCACCACCGGCCAGAUCAAUGACGAGCUGAACCACCAGUUUGAGGCCGUCUGCGAGUCUGUCUUUGGUGAGGUGGAGUCGCAGGCUGUGGAGGCUCUGGACCUGCCCGGCUGUUUCCGCAUGCGGAGCCACAGCUACCUGCGGGCCAUCCAGGCCGGCUGCUCCCAGGAUGACGACUGCCUUUCGCUCUUCUCCAUGUCGGCCCCCCCCGGGCCUGCCAUCACCAGCAGCAUCCUGAAGCCCAGCACCUCCUUCAGUUACAGAAAAGCUCCACCUCCCAUCCCUCCAGGAAACAAAGCCACACCUAUCAUCUCCGUCACGGCACAGAGCAGCACUGAGUCCACCCAUGAGACCUACCUGCCCACCGAGGUCGCCCGGAGCCCCUCGUGGUCCAAAGAGGCUGCGGCUCGCUGCAAUUCCAUGGAGAGCUUGGAGAGCUCCAAGGUGACGGCCAUCUCCUUAGACCUGCCUUCCGUCCAGCCCAGGGCUUCCCCCAAGCCCUCCACACUCAUUAUCAAGGCCAUCCCUGGCCGGGAAGAACUAAGGAGCUUGGCACGGCAGCGGAAAUGGCGCCCAUCCAUUGGGGUUCAGGUGGAGACCAUAUCUGACUCUGACACAGAGAGCCGGAGCCAAAGGGAAUUCCACUCCAUUGGAGUGCAGGUGGAAGAAGACAAAAGGCGGGCUCGGUUCAAGCGCUCCAACAGCGUGACGGCCGGUGUGCAGGCGGACCUGGAGCUGGAAGGCUUUGCCGGCCUCGCUGUGGCCACGGAGGACAAAGCGUUGCAGUUCGGACGGCCCUUCCAGCGGCACUCAUCGGAGCCUGAGUCCACCCGGCAGUACGCGGUGUACAAGACAGUGCACACUCAGGGCCAGUGGGCCUACCGCGAGGACUACCAGAUGCAGUACGACACUGUGGAGGUGCCCCGGCGGGACUCCUGGAUCGACAGGGGCUCCCGCAGCCUCCCCGACUCCGGCAGAGCUUCCCCCUGCCACCGGGACGGAGAGUGGUUCAUUAAGCUGCUGCAGGCAGAGGUGGAGAAGAUGGAGGGCUGGUGUCAGCAAAUGGAGCGGGAAGCUGAGGACUACGACCUACCAGAGGAGAUUCUGGAGAAGAUCCGGAGUGCGGUGGGCAGUGCCCAGCUCCUGAUGUCCCAGAAGGUGCAGCAGUUCUACCGACUUUGCCAGCAGAACAUGGACCCUAACGCGUUCCCUGUGCCCACCUUCCAAGACCUGGCUGGAUUCUGGGACCUCCUGCAGCUCUCCAUUGAGGACGUCAGCAUGAAGUUUGCAGAACUUCUGCAGCUCAAGGCCAACGGGUGGAAGAUCAUUGAGCCCAAGGAGGAGAAGAAGGUCCCUCCCCCCAUACCAAAGAAGCCCCCGCGCUCCAAGGUGCACCCGGUGAAGGAGCGCUCCCUGGACUCCGUGGACCGGCAGAGGCAGGAAGCCAGGAAGAGGCUCCUGGCAGCCAAACGAGCUGCCUCCUUCCGCCAGAACUCGGCCACGGAGAGCGCAGACAGUAUCGAGAUCUACAUCCCGGAGGCCCAGACCAGGCUGUGAAGGGAGCCCUGGCUUUUCUACCUGGACUGUACAGAGAGAGUCCAUAGCUCACUGUGAUCGCCAGGGCCCGGGCCGUGGGGAGUCCCCUCACCCCCCUCGGGGCAGCUCCCGGCCCACUCACAGCUUCUCUAGUCUCUGUCUUAUACGAUUCAUGGAUCCGACGGCGAAUGAACACACCCCUGGUUCUGUCCCGUUCCCUCCGCCUGCCCGCAUGCCUCUCCCAGCCUCCCCCACCAGGGCAGGCCUUUCCUCCCUCCCUUGCCCCCUGAAACCUCCUCUGCCUUCCUUGUGGCCUCUUCGGAGCUCUUCCUCCUCUCACUUCCCUUCCGUCCUCUCUCCAGCCCAUUCCCUGCUCUCCAUCCUCUCUCGGGAGGCCAGUCGCCUCCUUUCAGAGCUUACCUUCCUCCUCCCACCCCACUCCCCACCUGUGCCCCCCACCCCCUUCCUCACAGCCCCUUCUUGUCCCACUUUUUCCAUUAAAGGAAAAGAAGGGCCCCCCCCACCCCCUAUCCCCAAGAUGGGGCAGCUGUGGGCAGGUGCUGCCAGCAUCCUCUUCCCCACAGCCUCAACCUUAACUCAGUGCAAAUGCAGCGUCUCGCAAGGGAAGCGCCGCUGUGCUCCACGCCACACCGGAGCCUGUGCCAAAGCCACCCUUCCCUGCAGGCCAGCGGGCCAGCUUCUCAGGCUGGCGGGAGGCGCCAGGACGUGGCGAGCACAAGGGGCAGCCCCGGUUUGUUCCCACCCCUGCCUCUCGCUUGGACACCUCGGGGAGGGCUCGUUGCCCCAUAUACAUAUAUAAAUAUAAUCCAAGGAAUAAAACAAAGCAGACACACAA